AUGUCUUUUAGGGUUCUUUAUUUUUUAGCACCACAUAACCACAUAGUAGAAGGGAAGAAGAAGUACGGGCAGCUGGGUUCUCAGCCAAGGUGUUCUUCUCGGCGACGACGACGAUGCAGUGCUCGGAGACGGCUGCAAGUGAUUCUUGAUGCGUGUUGCUGGUGCUCGACGACGGCUACAGGUGGUUCUCGACGCCUGGACUUCUCGGCAACGCUGCAGAGGUGGUCGGAGCAGCAUGCGUCCUCGGCACGGAUUGGGCGUCAGCAGCAGCAGGGGAUGGCAAUAGGGGUCCAUGAGUGCUGGGUAAAUUUUAUUUCCUUCUUUUCUAUGGUGGGCUGGGGUGCUUCUCUGGCUCACCAUUUCUCUCGCACAGUUGAUGUGGUUCUAAGAGGGUACAGUGGGUACAACACGAGGUGGGCUCUGAAGAUUAUAGAGAAGGUUUUUCCGGCGGCUGAUCAUGGCGAAGCUCCACUAGCCGUGACUGUGUUCUUCGGUGCAAACGACGCAUGUCUUCCAGGCUGAUGCUCUGCUUUUCAAUACGUGCCUCUUGACAAAUAUAAGUGAAACCUUCACUCCAUUGUCUUCUUCCUCAAGGUUUGAUGGAGAUGGGUAUAUAUAUUGACUUCAUUAUUCUAAAAACUUAUUUAAUGAGUAUAUAUAUUGACGUCUUCAACAAGAAGAAUACUUUGGAGCUCACAAAUUCAUGAAGAUUGGAGACCCGAAAGGGCAUUUUGGAUUACUCGCGGUGAUCAUGCAAAUUCUGAGAGUAAAGCUCAAAGUAUUAGAUCUUUCGUAUGGAAAUGGAACAGGUAUAAUUAAGCACAACUCAACUACACAUCUGGUACUGAAAUAUCUGUCUUCAAGUGAAUGUAAUUUUAGAAAUUAGUCAAUCCUAAAUGUAGAAUAUAA